UCACAACGAUGGUCUUUUAGAUGCUCUUAUUUGUGGGCUACAGCAUAACAAAGCAAAAGUGUGUUUUGCAAGUUGUAGGAGUUCUACUUCGCUUUAACAAUGCAUCGUACUUUGUCAUCGUAACGUUUGGUAAUACUCAGAAGCAAAUCUCUCUCUAGAAAAGAUGUCGUUAUAAUGGCCCAAAAAGUCCAGAAGUUCUACAUCGUUCCGAAGACGGCGUUGUCUGGCACAAACGAAAACCCGUUCGUCUUCUUUGACAGCCCUGCACUGCAGGAGUCGAUACACUGUGUAAAAUGAAAUUUCCUCUUAAUUCUUACUGGAUAACAGACCUUGAUAGUUUAAGGACAAAAUUUCAAGUUGUUCUUUUUAAAAUGUACUUCAAUGUCUACUGAAUCCAACUACCUACAGAAGAAUAGAUAAAUUAAAAGUAUCUGAACCAUGAACAGAUUCCCGUAUGGACCUGUCAGUUAUGGUUGGCCUCAGCUGGCUUUUCCCGUGAUAUUUCCUCCAAGACAAAAUGUCGCUUAUCAGACCAGACAAAGAUCACCACCAGCUGCACCAAAUGUUAUAAUGGAGGAUGGGGUGUGCUCGCAUGCUCACCAGCUUCUACAGAGACUAGAAGAUGCCAGGAAAUCUGGGGUACCGGAAACCAGUGUGAUUGCUGAGAUGAGUAGCACACAUAAUAUCCAAUGUUCAGAGAAGCUCUUUAUACCCCACAUUGGCAAGAGUAAACUGGUCUCCUGGAUUUUCACUGUCACUCCUAGUCAUCGUGUUGGCCCAUUUGUCAGACUGAAACAGGUCUAUACUCUAGAUCCACUAUUGCCUGAGUUUUCGAUCACACACAUCACCCAAGCUGGCUACCCUACUACCACUCUACCACAGGGCUGUCAACUCUGGCAAGCAAAGGGCACCCUACAUGCUUCUGCCUACCAAAUUACAGUGCAGUUCAUUUCAUCAAACUAUGGCAACUUUAACCAAAGGCUUGUGUUUGACUUUGGUGAUGAUGAUGGAAAGGCAAAGAUUGUUCGUCAUCUUGGUGUGUUGGUGGCACCAGAGACUAGUUUAGUUCACAGCCUGGAAUACAAGGCACCAUGUGACGAUGAUAGUGAGCUUAUUUGGCUCAGCAAGUAUACUCUUAUUCCCUUUGAUGAGAGCACAAAUAUGGGUGCAUCAAGGGCAGAGCACCCUUUGCCACCCAACAUGAAAUCGACCAUAGAAUAUGGUGCUUUUGACCACCUGGAGGCCUCGUUAACACCUGACAACUACCACCAUCGGCUACACACAUUGCUCUUUAUUGAAGAGUUUGAAAGACGUAGACAAUUAACCAGACUAAAUCUUCACUCCAAAAACCUAUUGGUUUGCAUAAAGAAAUCCAUAGAAGAUGACUCUCAAGUGACGCUAGUCCUCCCUAUACACCCCACCCUAGUGGAGGAUGCCAACAUCCUGAUCAGCCGCAGUGCGAGGGCACUUCUGAGGCUGCACCUCCCUGGUGCAAGGAACCCUGUCCUGCAUGAGGUCGUGGUAGAAGCCUUAAGAAAGGAUGGUGUUGUCUUACAGUUGAGCCGGGACUUACAGCGCGUUUUGAAAACUAGCAAGAAGGCUUUGCCUGGUGACAUAUGCUUCCGGUUUGUGGAUACCUAUCAGUAUAUGCAUCGCGCUAUUGAUCUCAUCGAUCUAGCCUGCAUAUUCCCAAAUAACAAAUCUGGGGAAAGGGUAGAGUGGCAAGUUGCACCCCAUCCCAUACUAAACAAGCCUCAGGCCACCGCCCUUAGCCACAUCCUCGACCCUAGGCCUAGACCUCCACUUCUGAUCUUCGGCCCAUUUGGUACAGGGAAGACUAGGACGAUCGCCGAGGCAGUGAAAGAACUGUGCCGUCUACACGCCGGCAACACUGCAGCCAAUCUUCGCAUUCUUAUUUGCACUCACUCCAACAGUGCCGCUGACCACUACAUCGUCGACUACCUUCACCCUUUUGUUACCUCAUCCGAGAUUGGCCCGUUUUUAUGUCGACCGCUGAGAAUAUGUUGGGAGCACCGUUUUUUGAGCUCUGUCAGUCACACCGUUUUGAAGUACUGCUUAAUCGAUCGGGAGACGGGGCGGUUCGCAAUACCGAGUCGACAGGAUAUCGAUUGUGUUAGUGUGAUUGUGACAACCCUUGUGACUGCUGACGUGCUGGUAAAGAUGGGACUACCAUCCGGGUAUUUUAGUCACGUGUUUAUCGACGAGGCAGCGCAGGCGAUGGAGGCAGAGACAUUGAUCCCGUUGUGUUUGACGCAACAGUCAACGCGUAUUGUAUUGGCGGGCGAUCACUUGCAGAUGGGCGCACACGUGUUUUCGCCCGUUGCUCGUCGGCUUUGUCUCGAUCGUUCACUGCUUGUUCGUCUCUACGAACUCUACCCUCGGGAGUCAGACUCCAAACUUCUCCUCCUCGAGAACUACCGGGCAUACAACGACAUCGUUGAGAUUCCAUCGAAGCUGUUCUACGAGGGAACACUGAUCGCUCACAAGCAUCGCCCAGAAGGUAGUGAAUACCCAAUCAGAUUCCAUGGCGUCCUCGGUAGAGAGGAGAGAGCGGUGGACAGGGCGUCCUACUACAACAUGGCUGAAGCAGCCGAGGUUAGCGAGCGAGUGGAGGAGUUAGUCAAGCAAUGGAGGGGAGAGGAUGCUGAGGAUGUGGAGCUUCGUCGAAUUUGCGUAUUGACGCCUUACACAGCACAGGUCCGAGAGAUUCGACAGCUCCUGAGACGAUCCCAGUUGGGAGAAGUGCGUGUAGAGAGUGUUAACAACGUCCAAGGACUCGAGUUCGACGCGUUGUUCAUCAGCACGGUGCACACUGCGUUUGGCUUGACGCCAGAGAUGCUCGACAACCAUCACCUUGGCUUUCUGUCUGACCCGAGGCUGUUGAACACUGCUGUGACCCGCGCAAAGUAUCACCUCACUAUUGUAGGCGAUCCAAAUGCACUGUGCGGCGCUGGCAAGUGCAAAGCUUGCUGGAAGAUAAUCUUUAGCAAGUGUAGCGAGCAUGGUACUUUUAACUACCGCUUGCCUUUUGACAAAGUCAUGAAGUCUUUAACCUUCCCUCGAGUGGACGAUACUUCUACAAGUGGUAUUUCCAUCAAACAACAGAAACCCCUGACAAAUGGCGCUGACUCAGAACCAAGAGCAACACAGUUAUUGGACGCAACCUGGCCAUCCUUAUCAAGCAGUGAAUCCGAUCGCAGUGGAACAUCCCGUAAUCUUGGCACUAUUAGCAACGCCUCAACGGCUGCUAACGUAACAGAGAAUGGAAAAGAGACUUCACAGUCCUGGGCGAACGUUGCAAGUGGAAACGAUGCAAGCAUUAACACGCCUGCCUCUCAGGAAAAUGCAUCGGCUUUUAGUAGCCAGCAAAGAGCGUCAUCCUCUUCACAAGCGACAACCAAACAAAAUACAACAGUUACCGGUGCUAACAUGUACACCAUUCCCACUCCGUUUGUGUACAACCACUACCCUUACAGUUCUUCGAUAUUUGGCCCUCCUCAGGCGCUGUAUCAAGGCUACCCCUUACAAAGAGUACCUGCAGGUCCAUCUAUCAGGCCGCCAGGACACAACAUGGUACUCCCACCUUACUAUGCUCCUCGCUCAGCUCAAAUUCCAAGCCAAUUUGCCUCGGCACCGCUUCCUGGCCAAGCAUUUGGGUACUCUCAAGCCGUACAACAAGCAGCAUCAAUGUACGUUGAAGCAGCUGUAAAAAAUGCAGCUACCGCAGCUGCAGUUUUGGGGACUGUGGGUAACUCUGAGAGCAGCACAUCACCUUCUUUACCUUCGUCUUCCUCGUCACCACCUUCCUCCUCGGGGUCUAAAGUUGACUCUAGGAUAAACGACUUAGUGAAAACUAUUGCUUGUAGUAUUUCAAGACGACGCACCGAAUUGCAUGUUGAGCAAUCGAUGCUGAGAAAUGCUAUAGACAAUCCUGGCAGGGGAAGAGAACAUCUCAAGAUGCAGUUAGAGCAUGUGGAAAAAGAGUUGGACCUCAUAAGCUGUAGGACAGACACGAAUAAUGCUCUUGCCAGCUUACUGGGCAUCGAUUGUGGUCUGUCAACUGCUGCUUCGGAUUCUAAUAAUCCUGGCGAGGACAACCAAGUGAUUUCAGGAGGACAGGAAGAAUGGGACACCGGCGAAGAAAACCUAGUUUCCCAGACCCAGAUAAAUGACAAUGAAAACAACUCAUUCCUAUCUACUUCUUCUAAUGGAGAAAAUGUUAGAAAUACUCAUUUAGAUGCCGACACGAAAGAGUGGUUCCAGUCCAGACAAGACGACCCUCUUGUCCAGGAAUACAUCAAAGCAUUCGAGAAGCUGAUGAUGGCCCGUUCCUCAGAUUCUCAUACCACACCCGUCCAAAGCGAUGACGACAACAAAGAUAAUUCACGGAAUUCCAUGAAUCGAUCCCUGGAAAGUUCUACGAGUGUGGUGCCUAACUGGUUGUUACAGCCUAGUAGCAGCUCCUUCUACCUUGAUACCUCUGUGCAUGAGGAAUACUUGAGUGACUCUGCUACAAAGGUGCUUCUCAAAGGUUCUGCUCUCCUUCUUUGUGUCCUAGAAAUCAAUGGGUCCACAGGUGGUACAACUGCACUUGCCAAGGUGAACAACCCAGACAUACCUGAUGUUCUUAUCAGAACGAGAGCGAAGAUGAACAGAGCUUUUCACGGUGAUCUUGUUGCCGUUCGAGUGAUGGACUCAUCUGUUCCAGAGAUGCCCAUUGGAAAAGUUGUUUCCAUUGUCGAGGAGAUUCACCCGAGGCAGUACCUUUGCAUCGCGGACUCACUUGAUACAAACAUUAUGACCCCCAUUAACAGCGUCAACCCUAGAGUUGUGGUCCUUCAGAGCAAAAACCCGCAAGGACGGACUGGAUUUGCUGUGUUCGAGCUAAAAGAUGGGGAGAGCCAAUUGAGAGAUUUUGUGACCGAAGCGCAAGGGAAGCUCUUCUUGGUCCAAGUAAUGGAAUGGGGAGCAAGUUUCCGUUAUCCUCUGGGGAUUGUUAGGCAGUGCUUCCAGGAGGUCACCAGUCUCGAGACUGCACUUCCUGCCUUUGCAGCUGACAAUGGCCUUCAGCUCGUGCCAGCAAGAAUGGGAUGUUUUAACGAAGACUGGACAAUACCAGACACAGAGUGGGGGUCUCGCUUGCAUUUCAGUGAAGCACUUACUAUUGACUGCGGUAAAACGAUGGAGCUAGACGACGCUUUAAGUGUGAAAGCGGGAGCGAAUGGUGUUGUGAGUGUAGGUGUCCAUGUCGCGGAUGUAAGCUACUUCAUUUCUAAGGAUUCUAGUUUUGACCAAGCCGCAUUUGCCCAAGGAACAUCUGCUUACCCAACUGAUGGCUCAGGCAUCGCUGUCAAUAUGCUGCCAGAGCAGCUCCGACGCUUGUGCAGCCUGCUUCCUGGCAAACACAGACUUGCGAUAUCUGUUAUCUUCACGUUCAAUACUCAGGGACGAUCGCUUAGACUCCCGGAAGUGCGGCGUAGCAUUGUAUCAUCCAAGUAUAGCCUUACUUUUGAUCAAUGUGAUGCUGUCCUUAAUGGUCAAGCAUCCGAGCUCCCUGAAUCAGUCAAGAGGGACAUUCACGUGCUUGGGUCUAUGUCAAGGAAGUUGUAUAGCUUGCGGACGCGUCAAGGGUGUUUAGCUGGCCUGCUUGAUGCCGUUCGUGCCACUACUUUCAGCAAAUCCUCACAGAUCGUUGAGCAGCUCAUGAUUUUUGCUAACACUGCCGUCGCCGAGAAGCUUCUAAAGUCUGGUCGCACCAAGGACCUGACCCCUCUUCGCACUCAGUCGCCUCCAAAAUCCCACAUCUUACAGUCAUGGUCAUUAGCUUGUGAGAGAGCUGGUAUUCUACCAGAGUCAUCCCUGACGCUGAGGCGUGUCGCAAGCAACCCUUCUUCGCAGAACACACCAAGCACUGUUUCUGUCAAAGUCGACUUACUUGGAAAGAUUUCAACUGCUAUUAACGCUAAGGACAUCACCUUAUUAACGGAGUCCUUGGCGGAAUUCGACACAGAUGGCAGAGCUCUGGAAGCUCACUGUCGGCUUAGCAGCUUACAGGAGCGCAGUCAGUAUGUUCUCUCUUCCAAGGUUGGCCCGGCAGGGUAUGGGCACUUUACCCUAGGUCUGGAUGCAUACACCCACUUCACGUCCCCCUUGCGCCGAUAUUUUGAUAUUGUAGUCCAGCGGAUGCUUGUUGCUGUCAUGCUCGACGAGGAGUUACCAUACACAGCAGACGAGCUAGAGCAAAUCUGCUCACGCUGUCAGACGUCAAAGGUGCAAGCAGAUACGUUUGAGCGCAGCUGCAAAUUGACCAACCUCGCCGCUGGACUCAGUUCGUCACCACAAUGGACCGAGGUCGUUGUGCACCGAGUAACGCCCGACAAGAUCCGAGUCAGCUUGCCGUCCGCAUCUCACUCCAAGACGCUCAGUCUUACAAUCCGAACUCAAGAUCUGAAGCCCAGUGAUACAGAUGCCAGCAUGGAUGAAGAGCUUGUUCUCAGCUGGGAUGUUCAAGAGUUUAGCUGUGGCCCCUCGUCGUGGCCGCCACACUCAAGGUCUCACUCCUCCACUGAACGCUGCUUUGAGCUUCCUGCCACGUUAUGGUGCUCCUUUGUGUCUGCCGUAGCAAGGGAAGAUGUAAACAGAAUUCAGGCAUUAUGGAACAAGAUACCCAACGAAGGGCACAUCCUAAACGAGAAGCCCCCUACAUCACCGGAAAUGACAUCACGCUCAGGCCAACCAUUCAAAAGAUUCACCAAGCAUAUCAAGGCUGGCGAUCGCCUACGAGUCGUGAUGGGGAGUACUGUACUUAAGAGUGUGCUUCAGCCAGUGAUUCAAGGAGUUCAGGUGUUAGAGGAUGUCUAUCGUUGUACCGUCCACAUGCAUGUUCCUGCCAAGUGUUUUGGGUUCCCGCGUGCCUCACCCACCCUGACAUCCUAUAGCAGUGCGGAAGAGUACAGGGGGGUGAUGCAGCCCUUGCUAGAGCUUGAGGAAGCGACUUGCUGUCUAAGCGAUGGCAGCAGGAGCACACUGCUUCGAGGUGUGACGCUCAGUUUUGGAAGAGUCGUCAGCGAUAGAGUGGAUAGCACCAUGAGGCUUCCAAGACGUGUGCUCUCGCCAGGUGGCCGGCAUGUUCAGGCGGGUGACUACCUCUGCAUACGACCUCGACGACCUAAUAGACGAGGUCAAAGAUCAUCUGGUAGCAGCGUGUUUCAUGCACGUGUACAUCACGUGGAGGGCGCAAGCGUCCACGUGGACAUACCACGAGCUGGGCUACCCAGUGUUCUUAUCGAGGCUGGUAACUGUGAGUGUGAUAUCGAAGUAACACCAAGAAGCGGAAACCACAGGCAGAUAAUAAAGGCUGUUUGUAGUCUUAGCCGGAUAUCGAAAGCUGUUAAGGAGGUUGUACUCGGACGAAAGAUCUUGGCGCGCCAGUGUGAGACGAAUGUGAGAGUGGUUCCUGGACUAGAUGACGACCAGGCACAUGCUGUUAGAACUGCACUCACGCAUCCACUAACCAUGGUUUAUGGACAGCCUGGGACCGGCAAAUCAUGGACAGCCGUUGCCAUUGCUUGCCAUUUUGUUAACCAGAACAGGGCGGACGCCGCUGGUCACGUGCUUCUCUGUGCGCCCACCGAGCGAGCCCUUGACGUCGUAUCAGAAUUGCUUCUGCAAGUACCAGGCAUCCGCGCGGUGAGAAUUUACAGUAAGCAGGCGGAGACAACGGUCAUAGAUGGAAGUGGGCACUCGAAUCUUGCACUGCACAUGCGUGUUCGUCACGCGUCUAACCCACACUCGAAGGCGCUGCUCUCAUGCGAGGCGGAGAUCAGCAGACUGACUCAAGAGCUAACAUCUUGCACUGACCCAACAAAGCAAGAGAGAACCCAACACAAACUCGAUUCAAAGCGGCAGAAAUACAACACCAUCCUGGCUACCGCAGAGGGCUUCGAGCUAGGAGAAACCCCCGUUGACAUCAUCAUCUGCACAUGCGCAGAAGCUGGAUCCCAGCGCAUGCGCACCCACGCCAAUAUCGCGCAAUGUAUUGUGGAUGAAUCCAACUAUUGCCUAGAGCCUGAGGUUUUAGUGCCCGCGGUGACUGCGGGUCCGCGGUGCUCACGGUUUGUACUAGUUGGUGAUCACAAGCAGCUAGUGCCAGUCCUCCAGAGUAAAGAGGCGUGGAAGCUGGGACUUGGGCGGUCGUUGUUUGAAGAUCUUUGGGAGGCACAUCGUGAGGGGAGUAGCGCGUGUUGUACUCUUAACACCCAGCACCGCAUGCAUCCGAGCCUAGGCAAGUUUUCCUCAAGCUUCUUCUAUAAUGUCCAGCAAAGUAGGGAGAAUGUUUCCAAUGCUUGUGCGCGGGAACUGGAAGGGUUUUGGCCUGCGGGACGGGAUCUAUAUCACGUGUUCUGUCACGUGGAUGACGAGCCUGAGAGUGAUUGCGAUUACAUAGAGGGUGGCAUGUCUAAUGACGCUGAGGUGCAAAAAGUGGUGGAGGUCGUCGAGUCCUUGAUGUCCCGAGGUGUCCAGCCAUUCAAGAUCUGGAUCGUGUCGCCAUUUGUCAGGCAGCGACACUUUAUUCUGCACGCGUUGGAUUCCACACUCGGCAGUCAACUAGACAUCCGCUUAACCUCUCCCGAAGAAUGCCAAGGUGCGCAGUGCGACGUGUUGGUCCUCUCCACCGUGCGUGGCCGUCCACGCGACCAGUUGACAGGCCCACACGGCGGGUUUGGUUGCCUAGGUGACAAGCAUCAAAUGAAUGUGGUGCUUACACGAGCCCGCAAAGGACUGGUGAUAGUCGGAAAUAGAUACUACUUGAGCGGAAACCCGAUGUGGAACAGGCUUAUCCACGACUACGAGGUCCUUGACUGUGUGGUAGAAGCCGCUGAUUGGCCAUGACGUGAUGGUCACAUGACAGGUGUGGCUGAUACACGACUACGAGGUCCUUGACUGUGUGGUAGAAUCCGCCGAUUGGCCAAGAUGUGAUGGUCAUGUGACACAACGUGAUCCACGGCUACGAGUCCCCACAAGACUAUGUGGUAGGGGCCACCGAAUGGCCAUGACGUGAUGGUCAUGUGACAGUUGUGGCUGAUACACGACUACGGGGUCCUUGACUGUGUGGUAGGAGCCGCCGAAUGGCCAUGACGUCAUUAUCACCUGACAAGUUAGGUUUCUUAGAACCUAAGUGGACCUAGGUAUUUAAGUACCUUGUUAAUUUCUCAUAUAAUGAGUGUAAAUUAUGCGACACAUAGAUCUGUAUUUUAUUCAAGUAACUAUUUAGAGUGGCUUGGAGCCAUUCGUGAGUAAUAUUGAAUCGUCUCUUGGAGUAACUCAUUACCACUCUUGGGAGGCUAGGAAAUAUCCUAGAAGUAGUGAUGAUGACGCAUUAUAUAGGAGUUUUACAAGACAUAUUCCACUACUCCUUUUUUUAUACCAUGGACAUGAUUUGGAUGAGAAACAAGACAUUUAGAGAUAUAGAUUCAGAAUUUGUAGAUAAACUGUUUAAAUGAUAAUAUAUGAUAACUUGCUGAAAAUAGUUAAUACAUAAUAAAUAGCAAAUUCAAUGUAAUUAAUCUAUAUUUGCAUGUAUAAUGAUUAGCACAUGAUAGUGUAUGUAAAAAUUGAAGAUUAUUGUAAUCCUUUUUUAUCUUAUUGCAAUUAUUUUGUUUUGCUUUGAGGACACAACAGCUUGUAUUUAUUUUUUAUGACAAUAUCCGGCCUUUGAUAGGUUAGUAUUUGGAUGUAAAAUUGCGAAAUUCUACAAAUAUAAAAUAUAGUUAUUAGUAGCAAUGGUUUGAAAUGAUCAAAUUCAGCAUUAUCAAUUUUCACGAAAAAGAAAAAAAAAAAAAAGAAGAUAUGAUAAAAUCCAAAAAGAAGAGAUAAAUAGAUUAACGAAAAUAUGUGAAGCCUGUAAAGGAAAAAACUCCAUAGUCCGAAAUUUUCAUUCAACUAAUUAAAAAAGCACCCAAUUUCAA